AACGAAGGUUUCGAAGAUAUCCAGAGCACUCUUGAUUCAUUGGUUGACCAGAAAGACGUGGACAUGCACAAGAAUCUACUGCUCAUUUCGUGCAAUGACAACGUAUGGCACAGCGAUGACGCCAAAUCGACCACAAGGAUCAUACUUGAAAACAUUCUCACCAACAUUGUCGAUGAAGCAAAGUUUCGGAUGCCGCGUGAUGGUCCGGACGCUGACUUUGACAACAUGUGGUGUCGCAGAGGAAUAUAUAAAGGGGUGCCGUAUGUUUUGAUGAUCAAAGAAGGCACGCCUAACAGAAAAGAAUUUUUUGACUUGAUCCGAAGCUUACUCCACGCAUACAACCUCCGCAAAGAGUCGUACUAUAACCCAGUACCUUCUGCUUUCUUCACUUGGUGCGAAGAAUGGGCUGAGUUGCACGACUUUGCGUCUUUCGACUUUCUGGUGAAUGUUAACUCGGAGACUUUGCUCGAUGAGCACUGCAUCUCGCACCUGUAUCAACAGAUGUUGAAGAGCCCUGCUUGCACCGGAGUUUCAAGUCGCGUCGAGGUUGAUUCUCACUCCUCGAGAUGGGGUGUCGCAAACCUCUUCAGCAACUCGCAACUCAUGUAUGGCCAGGUUAGGCAGUCUCACCAAACACAGAUCAUGCACAAGGCAAGCGUAAGUCCGAGUGCUUGCCAAAUGCUCAGAAUCUGUGAAGAGACCUGUGGUCCGCAUGUUUUGAAGGAAAUCAAAAAGCAUCGGCCUUCUCCUAUGGACAAUAUGGUGACACAGAUCUGCUCAUCCACAGAGGAAGACGAUAUGAUGUACGGAGCACCACAGGUGACUACCCUGCAAGCUAUUCAUGCUGUCACAUAUGCUCGUCCAUCAACCACUCUUUCCGAAUUCAUAUUGCAGCGUCAACAGUUUGCAUUCUCGACUUGCGUCACGAAUCUUGCUAUACUCUGCGACAAUCAGAUGCAUUGGUUCGAGAGACUAUCCUCUGCCGUCGACUUGCUGGCAUGGUGUCUCCCCGCCUGCUCUCUCGCCAUUACCAUCAACUUCCUCAGAUCUGCUGUACUCCAACAACACAUACCAGUUUUGAUUGUGCUUAGCGCCAUCGUUGCAUUGCCAUGGACUUAUGCCGUCGCAUCUGCAAUGUGGCUGGCUCGUUCUUGGGAAGGACGAUUGCGCUAUUUACUCGGCUUUUGCAUUUUGGCGUUUACGGGUCCUAUUGUUGCGGUCAUUGUU